AUGACUGUACCGUCAUCAUCAGCGUCAUGCCCCUUCUGCCGCAUCGCAGCAGCAUAUCCUCCCAUCCCACCAUCGAUAUUCCGUCCUCAGCACAAACAGGAUGACGCACAAGAAUCAGCUAUCAUCCCCACAGAUACGACGCAAGAAACGCAUGCGCAUCUUGUACUCUCGACUCCAUAUGUCCUGGCCUUUUUGGACAUCAUGCCAUUGACAAGGGGCCAUGUUCUCGUCGUCACGAGAGAUCACCACGAGAAGUUGAAAGACAUGGGCGUGGAAGUCAGCAGAGAGGAUGCGGUCGCGCAGAUCGGCCAGUGGCUCCCUAUCAUCUCGCGGGUCGUGAUGAGAACUGUCUUUGGCACAGAGGCAGAACCAGAUUGGAGUUGGAAUGUGGUGCAGAAUAAUGGCAUCAGGGCCGCGCAGCAGGUUCCCCAUGUCCAUUUCCAUGUCAUUCCCCGGCCGCCGUUGGACCCUGCGCCUACUGCAGCCAAAAUGAGUUUCGUAAUGUUUGGUCGGGGGCAGAGGGAUGAGCUGGAUGAUGAGGAGGGAGAGUCGUUGGCCAAGGCGUUGAGAGAAGAGCUGGCGAAGGAGGUUCGCCGAGUGGAAGAGAGGGAAGGCGUUGAUUUGGAUGUGGCGGCUACGGAGGUGCGUUAUCAGAGGAUAAAGGGGAAGCUGUGA